AUGUUGAUCUGCGACAUGAACAAGAUGCAAGAGCACACACCAUUCCCGCAAUACAUCCCGGAGUUCACGGAGUGGCUCAACAAGCUGUGUGCCGAGACUCGCGCCGAACUCCUGGACAACUGGCUCAUAGACGUGGCAGAUACCAUGAUCAAGAUGAGGCAUCACUGGUCGAUAUAUGUCGCGAAGAAGAAGAAGGAGUCUACGUUUCAGGUGGAAGCUUUCUUCAGAUCUAUCCAUGCACUUAUGUCGAGGCAAGUGCGAGACUUGGUGGAACGAAGCGUGUAUCAUUUUGCAGAAUAUUUCAAGUACUAUUGGGACGGCAACAACUACAGCGGCACGUACCGCGACUACAUGUUCAUCAAGCGGCCGCUGCUUCGCAUCCGCGUGGUGGGCGCGCCGGGCUCCACCAGCAUCGGCUUCGAGCCCACGCUGGAGCAGGUCCGGCAGCAGAUCGUCAAGUGGGUGCACGCCAUCAUCAACGUCAACUACCAGCUGCCCAGCGUCGACAGCGUCAUGUACCCGAAUGUCGUACGCCCGCAACCAUACCUAUCAGCAGUGUACCCUGACGAAACCUACAUGCUGGACGUCGUGAACGAAUGCAUCAAGCACUUCGGCGCCAACCGCGCCGGGCCCGCGCGCUACCUGUCCUGCUUCCAGGACUAUUAUUAUAUCCUGGAUGGGACGGCGCACCAGGACCUAUUGGCGUUCUUUGCGCAGGACCCAGCACCCUACCUCAAGGACUUCUCCGCCCGCAUCUACAUGUACGAAGAGCUCCGCGACGAGAUCCUGUUCCUUCGGCGGGACAUCCCGCUGAACAUGGUCAUGCUGGACUGCGGGCCCAUCAACGACACCAUGUGGGGCGUGGUGGACGGGCUGCGCAGCCACAUCGUCGACCACUUCAUCGCCGUCAACCGCAAGUGGAACCGCGCCAUCUGCAACGUAUACGAGGAAAUGGCGGCACGCUCGUCCGAGAGCCCGGAGACGACGGCGCAGCUGGUGGAGCUGGUCAACUACAUCCAGGACUGCCGCGACUGCGCCAUGUUCGACCUGAAAGAGAAGUCGCGCACCACCGCCGAGUACGUGAUAUUCCUGAUGCAGCACGCGCAUUUGAACUUCGAAGACAUAAACCUAAACACGCGCGUGUUCCUCUGGCCUCUCGACAUGGAGGAGACCAUCGACCUGACCCUCAAAACCCUCUACACCAAGAAGACCAUGGCUGAAGACAAGCUGCGCAGCCGCAAGGCGAUCUUCGAGGAGAAGCUGAAGCGUCAUGAGAAAGACCUGGAGCUGUUCCGAAGGUUCGAUCCGCCGCUGCUGAACUUGGAUCUGUUGAGAGAUGUGGUGGGAAAGGUCGAUGAGAUCUUUAAGAAUUUGAUGGAAGACAAAUACGAAGCGGACGACAUCAUAAACGAGGAGCAGCUGCUGGAUCAAGAACUGUCGGUGUACUUCAGCCUGCAGACCAUGCUGGCCGGCAUCGACCCCUUCCACAAGCUCUGGCACACCUCCUUCGACUUCUACGACGGCUACGAGAAAUGGUACCACGGCCCGUUCCUGGGUCUGGACGCGGAGCAGAUUGCCGAGGACGUGGAGGCGUGGUGGAAGCUUCUCUACAAGCUGGGCAAGCAGCUGUUUGAAUACCCUGGAGCCAAACGCAUCGCCGAUAUGGUGCGCAACAAGCUGGAGAAGUUUAAAGUGCUGUUGCCGGUGCUGUGCGCUAUUUGUAACAAGGGGAUGCGCGACCGCCACUGGGCCAAGAUCAGCGAAUUAGUCGGCGUGGAAGUAGCGCACGGUCCCGAAGCCACAUUAGCUGACAUGGUGGAACAAGGUGUGCACGUGUACGCGUCGCAGCUGGAAGAAAUCGAGCAGUACGCCUCCAAAGAGUAUUCGCUCGAGCGCGCGCUUAACAAGAUGAAGGAGGAGUGGUGCGGCGUCAAGUUCGAGGUCGUGCCCUACAGAGACACGGGCGUGGGCAUCCUGACGGGGCUGGACGACAUCCAGCAGCAGCUGGACGACCACAUCCUCAAGUCGCAGACCAUGCGCGGCUCGCCCUACGUCAAGGCCUUCGAGGCAGACAUGGUGGCCUGGGAGGAGAAGCUGAUCAGCAUGCAGGAUAUCCUGGACCAGUGGCUGCAGUGCCAAGCGACAUGGAUGUACCUGGAGCCGAUAUUCUCUUCCGAGGACAUCAUGCGUCAGAUGCCGACCGAAGCACGCAACUUCCGCGACGUGGACAAGGAGUGGCGAAGCAUCAUGGGCGCGACCCAGAAGGAGCCGCUGGUGCUGCCCGCCACCGACUACCCGGGGCUGCUGAAGAAGCUGCGCUACAACAACGCGCUGCUCGACGACAUCCAGCGCGGGCUCAACGACUACCUCGAGAAGAAGCGGCUGUUCUUCCCCAGAUUCUUCUUCUUGUCGAACGACGAGCUUCUCGAGAUUCUGUCGGAGACAAAGGACCCGAUGAAGGUGCAGCCUCACCUGAAGAAGUGCUUCGAGGGCAUCUACACGCUGGAGUUCAACGCCAACAAGGAGAUCGUGGGCAUGGCCUCCGCUGAGGGCGAGAUUGUGAAGCUGUCCACCAGCAUACAGCCGGCAGAUGCCAAGGGCAUGGUGGAGCGCUGGCUGCAGCAAUUAGAGCAGCAGAUGAUCGUGAGCCUGCGCGACGUGGCCUCAGAGGCCAUCGCGGCGUACCCGCUGACGCGGCGCGAGGACUGGGUGCUGGUGUGGCCCGGCCAGAUCGUGCAGGCCGGCUCCUGCGUGCAAUACACCACCGAGGCCAUCGAAGCGAUCGAGACGCAAAGCCUGCCCGAACUCGUCGAGCGCAGCACGGCGCAGAUCACGGGCCUGGUGUACCUGGUGCAGGGCGAGCUGGAGCCCGGCAACCGCAUCACCGUCGAGGCGCUCAUCGUGCUCGACGUGCACGGUCGUUCUAUCCUAGAAGAGAUGGUCAGCAAGAAUGUACAAGACAUAACGGACUUCAACUGGAUCUCACAGCUGCGCUACUACUUCCGCGGCGACAAGAUGUCGUGCUCCAUGAUCACUACGGAAGUGGAAUACGGGUUUGAGUACCUGGGCAAUAUCGGCCGAUUGGUUGCUACGCCGCUUACUGAUCGCUGCUUCAGAACCCUAAUGAGCGCGCUCAAGUUGAAUCUUGGCGGCGCGCCUGAGGGCCCGGCGGGCACGGGAAAGACGGAGACCACCAAGGACCUGGCCAAGGCGGUCGCCAAGAAGUGCGUCGUCUUCAACUGCUCUGACGGCCUGGACUACAAGGCGCUUGGCAAGUUCUUCAAGGGUCUAGCCCAAUCGGGCGCGUGGGCGUGCUUCGACGAGUUCAACCGGAUCGACCUGGAAGUGCUGUCGGUGGUGGCGCAGCAGAUACUGUCCAUCCAGCUGGCCAUCCUGCGCCGCGAGAAGCGCUUCGUUUUCGAGGGCACGGAGAUCAGCCUCAACCCUACUUGCUCCGUCUUUAUUACUAUGAAUCCUGGUUACGCCGGACGUACGGAGCUCCCGGACAACCUCAAAGUGCUGUUCCGGACGGUGGCCAUGAUGGUGCCGGACUACGCCAUGAUCGGCGAGAUCACGCUCUACUCCAACGGCUUCGUCUGCGCCGGCCCGCUAGCGCGCAAGAUCGUGCAAGCAUACAAGUUAUGUUCGGAACAGCUGUCAUCUCAAAACCACUACGACUACGGCAUGCGAGCCGUCAAAUCCGUGCUGCUGGCCUCCGGCGCGCUCAAGAAAAACUACCCCGAGAAGGACGAGGCGCAGCUCGUGCUGCGGGCCAUCAUCGACGUCAACAUGCCCAAGUUCCUGUCGCAGGACGUGCCUUUAUUCGCGGGUAUCUAUUCCGAUCUGUUCCCUGGAGUGGAGAUCCCUCAACCGGAUCGCGCCGAGCUGCUUAAGUGCAUCAAUAAGGACCUGGAAAAACGCAACUUGCAGCCAACUGACUGGUAUCUGGAGAAGAUUAUACAAAUCUACGAGAUGAUGCUGGUCCGCCACGGGUUCAUGGUGGUAGGCCCACCCAUGGGCGGCAAGACGCAAGCCUACCAGUCGCUGGCCGACUCGCUGCGCGCGCUGCAGCUGAUGAAGCCGCCGCCGCGCCACAAGGAGUUCGGAGCUAUCUAUCGCAUCCUCAACCCCAAGGCCAUCACCAUGGGCCAGCUGUACGGCUGCUUCGACCCCGCCUCGCACGAGUGGUCCGACGGAGUCCUAGCCAUAGCCUUCCGCGAGUACGCCAUGUCGAUCACCCGCGACCGCAAGUGGAUCCUGUUCGACGGGCCCGUGGACGCCGUGUGGAUCGAGAACAUGAACACCGUGCUCGACGACAACAAGAAGCUGUGCCUCAUGAGCGGAGAGAUCAUCCAGAUGACAAACAAAAUGAACUUGAUAUUCGAACCAGCGGAUUUGGAGUUUGCCUCUCCAGCCACGGUGUCCAGAUGUGGCAUGAUCUACAUGGAGCCUGAACAACUAGGCUGGCGAGCGUUCCUGGAGUCGUACAACACGCACCUGAGCAAGAAACUGAUCCCGGAGCAGUUCGAGCUGAUCCAGGAGCUCAUCGACUGGCUCGUGCCGCCCAUCUUCGAGUUCAUGCUCGUCAAGUGCCACCACUUCGUCGUGGUCGGCGAGAUCCACCAGUUCUUUUCGUUCACGCGCCUGUUCACAUGCCUACUCGAAGGCGAGUCCCAGUUUAGCACCAUGUGGCUACAAUGCACCUUCGUGUUCAGCCUAUUGUGGGGACUGUGCGCCACUCUGACGGGCGACAGCCGCAAGCAAUUCGACUCGUUCUUCCGCAAACUCCUGGAUGGCAGCAAUGCGGCCUACCCCAAGCCCAAGUCCUUCAAGCUUACUAAGAACCAGCUGUUCCAGGAUAAGGACACGGUGUUCGAUUACGUGUACGAUAAGAGAAACAACGGCACCUGGAUCCCGUGGGUCGAUCUGGAGAAGGAAGUACCUUUGGCUGCUAACGCGAAGGUCAACGAGCUCAUAAUCCUGACGAACGAAAACGCGUGUCUCCGCUACUUCGUCUCCAAGAUGGUGAAGUCCAAGAUUCCUAUCUUACUGGUGGGCCCCACUGGCACCGGCAAGUCCUCGCUCGUGCUCAACUUCCUGCUCACGCUGCCCAAGGAGAAGUACAUAACCAACACCAUCAACUUCAGCGCCAGGACCACGGCCAAUCAGACCCAAGAUAUCAUCAUGUCAAAAGUAGACAGAAGACGUAAAGGCGUAUUCGGACCUUCUAUGGGUAAAAAGUGUGUACUAUUCGUGGAUGACCUGAGCAUGCCUCAGAAGGAGCAGUGGGGAGCGCAGCCGCCGCUGGAGCUGCUUCGGCAGUGGAUCGACCACGGACACUGGUACGACCUCAAGGAGAUGGUGCGCCAGGAGGUCGUCGACGUGUUGCUGGUGUCAGCCAUGCUGCCUCCCGGCGGCGGCUCCAACCUGAUCUCGUCGCGGCUGACGCGGCACAUGCUGCUCAUCACGCUGGACUCCUUCGAGGACAACACGCUCAACAAAAUCUUCUGCACCAUCAUGGACUGGCACUUUACUAAGGGUUUCACUGACACUCUUAUGAGGCAGAGUAAGACGGUGGUAUCAGCCACGAUGGAAGUAUACAAAUCAGUAGCGUCCCAAUUCCUGCCAACUCCAAGCAAGUGCCACUAUCUGUUCAACUUGCGGGAUUUUGCGCGAGUCAUCAAGGGCAUCCUGCUGGUGCCGUCCAGCCACAUGAAGGAGAUGAAUAAACUCGUGCUGCUGUGGAUCCACGAGACCUACCGCGUGUUCUACGACCGCCUGGUGGACGACGCCGACAGACAAAAGCUCUUCGAAGUGGUGCUGAAAGCGGUGUACGGCAACUUCCGCGUGCACAUGGACCAGGUGCUGCAGGAGACGGGCUACAUCCCCGAGGGCGAGAAGCUGGCCAACAAGCACGCCGCCAACAUCUUCUUCGGGAACUACAUGGAGCCCGACGCCGACCCCAAGGUUUAUGACCAGGUGAUGGACCUGGACGACAUGGCGGUGAAGAUGGAGUACUACCUAGAAGAGUACAACGUGGUGUCGUCGUCGCCCAUGGCUCUCGUCAUGUUCCGGUACGCGCUCGACCACAUCUCACGCUGCACGCGCGUGCUACUUCAGGAUAACGGAAAUUUGCUACUGGUCGGUGUUGGUGGCAGCGGCAGGAGCAGUGCGGUCAAACUGGCCGCUAGUAUUCUUGAAAUGAAUGUCAUUCAGAUCGAGAUCUCCCGCGUGUACGGGCAGAACGAGUGGCGUGACGACAUCCGCAAGCUACUUAUGAAGGCCGGCAUCAUCGGCAAGCCGCUCGUCUUCCUGUUCGCCGACAACCAGAUAAUGUACGAGGGCAUGGUGGAGGACAUCAACAUGCUUCUGAACACGGGAGACAUCCCCAACCUGUACGGCAUGGACGAGAAGGUCGAGAUCCUGGACAAGAUGCAGGCCGCCGUCAGAGAGGCUGGCAAGAAAAUGGAGACGACCCCGCUAGCUAUGUUCGGUUUCUACGUGGACCGCGUCAAGGCCAACCUGCGCAUCGUCAUGGCCAUGUCCCCCAUUGGAGAUUCCUUCCGCAAUAGGCUGAGGAUGUUCCCUUCGUUGAUUAACUGCUGCACUAUUGAUUGGUUCACGGCGUGGCCGGCAGAGGCGCUGGAGCGCGUGGCGUCCAUGUUUAUCGCCAAGAUGGAGAACGUAGAAGAAGAGCUGUGCACCGCCUGCGUCGAGAUGUGCCAGCUUUUCCACAUGAGCGUCGUGGCGCUCAGCGACAGAUUCUACUCGGAUCAAAAGCGUAAAGUGUACGUGACGCCCACCAGUUACCUGGAACUCAUCAAAGCUUUCCAGAGCCUCUACGCUUUGAAAGUGGACCAGAUUACCAAAUCAAGGAUCAGAUAUGAAACCGGUCUAGAACAGCUGGACUUCGCGGCAGGGCAGGUGGCCGUGAUGCAGCAGAACCUGCGUGACCUCCAGCCUCUUCUAGUGGAGACCUCGGACAAGACCGAGAAGCUCAUGAUCAAGAUCGAACAGGACACCGUCGUGGUCGAGAAGCAGAAAGAGAUCGUAGGUGCCGACGAAGCCCUAGCGAACGAGGCAGCAGCCGCAGCUCAAGCCAUUAAGGACGACUGCGAGUCGGACUUGGCUGAAGCAGUGCCAGCGCUGGAAGCCGCUUUAUCAGCGCUGAACACGCUGAAGCCUGCUGAUAUUACACUCGUCAAGUCCAUGAAGAAUCCCCCAGCUGGUGUCAAGCUGGUUAUGGAAGCUGUGUGCGUCAUGAAGUCUAUUAAGGGGGAUAGGAAGAUGGAUGCCAACGGCAAGCCCUACGAAGACUUCUGGGGCCCGUCGCAAAAGAUGCUGGGCGACAUGAAGUUCCUGGAGAGCCUGAAGAAUUACGACAAGGACAACAUCCCGACGGCCGUCAUGAAGAAGAUCAGGGACAAGUAUAUCCCGGACCGCGAAUUCGACCCGGUGGUGAUCGCCAAGGUGUCGUCAGCCUGCGAAGGGCUGUGCCGAUGGGUGCGCGCCAUGGACGUCUACGACCGAGUCAUCAAGGUGGUGGCGCCGAAGAAGGCUGCCCUAGGCGAAGCAGAGGCCGAGCUACAGAUGCAGAUGAACACGCUCAACGAGAAACGCGCGCAGUUGCAGAGUGUAUUGGACAAGCUGCAGGCCCUAAACGACGAGUUCGCCGAAAUGACGCGCAAGAAGAAAGGUCUUGAAGACGAGAUCGACCUGUGCUCGACCAAGCUGUCGCGCGCUGAACAGCUCAUCGGCGGGCUGGGCGGCGAGAAGGCGCGCUGGACCGACCUGGCGCACCAGCUAGAGGAACUGCUGGGGAAUAUUAUAGGAGAUGUGCUACUAUCGGCUGGAUUCAUUGCCUACCUCGGGCCUUAUACCGUCAACUAUAGACGGGAGAUCGUGCAAAUCUGGAAUACGCGCACAAUUGAAUUACAGAUUCCGUGCUCCGAAUCAUUCUCUCUGAUGACGACACUCGGCGAGCCCGUGGUGAUUCGAGCGUGGAACAUCGCCGGUCUGCCUGUUGACGCUUUCUCCAUCGAGAACGGCAUUAUCGUGGAGAAGUCGCGCCGCUGGCCGCUCAUGAUCGACCCGCAAGAACAAGCGAACAAAUGGAUAAAGAACAUGGAGCGGGAGAACCAGCUGAAGGUCAUCAAGUUAACCGACCCCAACUACGUGCGGGUCCUGGAGAACUCCAUCCAGAUGGGAUUCCCCGUCAUCAUGGAGAACAUUCGCGAGCAGCUGGACGCGGUGUUGGAGCCCGUGCUACUUAGGAACGUGUUUAGGUCGGGAGGCAUCGACUGCCUGAAGCUGGGCGACAACAUCCUGGAGUACAACCACAACUUCCGCUUCUACAUCACCACCAGGCUUAGCAACCCGCACUAUUUGCCAGAAAUCGCUGUCAAAGUGACGAUGCUGAACUUCAUGAUCACGCCGCAAGGGCUGCAGGACCAGCUGCUCGGCAUCGUGGUGGCGCAGGACCGGCCCGAGCUCGAGCUCAAGAAGAACCAGCUCAUCGUCGAGGGUGCCAAUAACAAGCGCACGCUCAAGGAGAUCGAGGACAAGAUAUUGGAGGUGCUAUCAUCAGCCGGCAACAUCCUAGAAGACGAAUCCGCCAAUCAGAUCCUAUCCUCAUCUAAAGUCCUCUCGAUCGAGAUCGAAGCGAAGCAGGCGUCAGCAGCGGUGACUGAGAGAGAAAUCGACGAGGCGCGGCUCCUUUAUGUGCCCGUGUCCAAGCACAGUUCUGUACUGUUCUUCUGCAUCUCAGACCUGGCUGCCAUCGAUCCUAUGUACCAGUACUCGCUCAACUGGUUCAUAAACCUGUACAACCAGGCCAUCAUCAACUCGCCGAAGAGCGAUGAUCUGGAUGAGAGACUUUCGGGGCUCAACGCGUUCUUCACUCGCAGCAUCUACGAGAACGUCUGCCGCAGCCUGUUCGAGAAGGACAAGCUGAUAUUCUCGCUCGUUCUGACGCUGGGGAUACUGAGAGCUAAGGGCGCGAUAGACGAUGAGAUGGUAGGCUUUCUUCUGACGGGCGGCGUGGCUCUGGAGAACCCUUACGAGAACCCCGCGCCCACCUGGCUGACUGAGAAGGCCUGGUCCGAGAUCGUGCGCUCCAGCAACCUUGCCGGCCUUCGCGGCUUCAAGGAGAACUUCGAACGCAACGUGAAGGGCUGGAAGGAUUUCUACGACUUGUCUGCGCCGCAUGAGAACACCCUACCUCCGCCCUACGAGAACAUCAAGGGUAUUCCCAAGCUAAUCAUACUGAGAUGUAUCCGCCCGGACAAGCUGAUUCCGCUCGUGCAGCAAUACGUGGUCGAAGAAAUGGGUCGGGUGUACAUAGAGCCGCCGCCAUUCGACCUGGAGAAGUCAUACAACGACAGUAACUGCUGCUCGCCGCUCAUCUUCAUCUUAUCGGCCGGAUCGGACCCCAUGUCGGGGCUCGUCAAGUUCUCCAUGGAGAAGAAGGUCGUCAGCUUCGAGACCAUCUCGCUGGGACAAGGGCAGGGUCCCAUAGCAGCGAACAUGAUCAACCAAGCCAUCCAGACGGGCGGCUGGGUGGUGCUGCAGAACUGCCACGUCAUGGACUCCUGGAUGGGCGAGUUGGAGCGCAUCUGCGCCGAGGUCAUCGUGCCCCAGGCCACGCACCACAGCUUCCGGUGCUGGCUGACGUCGUACCCUAGUCGGGCGUUCCCUGUCACUGUGCUGCAGAACGGUGUAAAAAUGACGAACGAAGCGCCGAAAGGCCUCAAGAACAACAUCUACCGCUCGUACAUAUCCGACCCGAUCUGCGACCCGGAGUUCUACAUCUCGUGCCCGCGGACGGAAGAGUGGAGACGGCUGCUGUUCGCACUGUGCUUCUUCCACGGCAUCGUGCAGGAGCGCCGCGCGUUCGGCCCGCUCGGAUGGAACAUACAGUACGAGUUCAACGAGAGCGAUCUGCGCAUCUGUAUUAUGCAACUGCAGAUGUUCCUGACCGAAUACGCCGAGACUCCUUUCGACGCUCUCAACUACCUAGCGGGAGAAUGCAACUACGGCGGCCGCGUGACCGACGACAAGGACCGCCGGCUCAUCAUGUCGCUGCUGUCCAUCUUCUACAACGACGAGGUCACCACUGACCCCGACUACUCGUUCUCCCCGAGCGGCGACUACCGCAUGCCGCCCAGCAUGGACUACAACUCGGUGCUGGAUCACAUCCGCGCGCUGCCCAUGCUGGCCAAGCCCGAGGUCUUCGGUCUACACGAGAACGCGGACAUCACUAAGGACAACAAGGAGACCGUCGCGCUGCUAUUCGGCUGCCUGCUGACCCAAACAUCGUUCAUUUCCGGCGGCGGCGGCGAGGGCGGCGACGGCGGCGGCGGCGUGGUGGAGCUGACGAAGGACAUGAUGGCGCGCCUGCCGCGACAGUAUGACGUGCUCGAGGUCUCGCUCAAGUACCCCGUGCAGUAUUAUAACAGUAUGAAUACUGUGCUUAAGCAGGAGUUGAUCCGGUACAACCGCCUACUCUCAGUGGUGGCUCGCACAUUACACGGCGUGCAUUUAGCAGCACAGGGCCUGGCCAUCAUGAGCGCGGAACUGGAGCAGUGCAACAACGCCUUCGUCAAGGGCAUCGUACCCGGCGUUUGGAUGUCCAAGUCCUACCCCUCUAUGAAGCCGUUGGGCUCCUACGUGGCGGACUUCCUGUCCAGACUAAAAUUCCUGCAAGACUGGAUAGACGAGGGCCCGCCCAUGGUGUUCUGGAUCUCAGGCUUCUAUUUCACGCAGUCGUUCCUGACAGGGGUACUUCAGAACUACUCGCGGCACAACAAGAUUCCUAUCGACCAAGUGCACUUUGAAUUCACCCUCACCAGCAUGGAGGCUGAGUGCGAGGAGGAGCCUGAAUUCGGGGUCUAUUGCAAGGGUCUAUUCCUGGAAGGUGCCCGAUGGAACCGUGAGACCAUGCAGCUGGACGAGUCCUACCCUAAAAUCCUGUUCGACACCAUCCCAAUAAUUUGGUUCCAGCCAGCCCUCAUAGCGGAGUUCAACCCGCCUCCAUGCUACUUCUGUCCCAUUUACAAGACGAGCGAACGAAAGGGAGUGUUGGCCACAACUGGUCAUUCCAGCAACUUUGUCAUGUACAUAACCCUUAAUUCUGAAGUCCCUCAGAAACAUUGGAUCAACAGAGGAGUUGCUAGUCUGACACAGCUUGACGAUUAAACUUCCUUUAUUUUAGAUAAUUUCAGUAUUAAUUUUUAUCUUUUUAAUAUGUGGACCUUUCAAUGUCUGUGAUAGUUGUCUAGUCGCAAAUAAAG